UUUUUUUUUUUUUUUUUUCGUACUUAAUCAGUGAAUAAAAAAAAUGUGCGUUAUUUACUUAUUCAGCACCUCAAACUGUUUCCUACUCAAAUCAAUUCAUCAAAUUAUUACUGUUCCCACUAUUACAAUUUUAAACCCUAAUAAAAACCCAGCAAAAAAUUUCCAGGAAACAAAUGAAUAAGAACUAAGAUUUUCAUGGAAAUGUUUUCUACUGCUGCUGGGUCAACUUCAUCAAGGGACUUUAUUUCUUUGAUGGGUAAUGGGUUUGCUGCAGCAAUGUGGAUAGUUGGGAGUAGAGUGAGAGAGUUCCUCUACAGUGACUGGUAAGAUAGGGAUUAUGGUGAAGCAUUACAAAACCCCCUCUCACGGUCAGCAAUCAAUAAAAUUUGGGACUAAACCACUUAAGGGUCCUAAUAUUGAGAUUGCUGAUUUUGCUGAUGAAAGUGCUGUACAGAUUUCAUCAAUUGACAACAAACAUGGAAAGGAAAGUUUGACAUCGCAGUCUCCUGAGAUUCUGAGCACAAGUGAGCUCAUUUCAGCAGUGGGGCAAGUAUGGGGUUGUGCUAGCCGCUCUCUUGCACGCUAUCAACCAAAAGCAAGCUUUGACUGCUCAGGCACUGUUUGUCAAAAAGAAAAUGAUUCACGUUUAUCGGUUGAGAAUGAUGAUUUUGGCUUUAUUAAUAUUUUUGGCAGUGGAUGCCUUCAUGUUGACUUAGACUCUUCCCACUAUUUUUCAUGCAUUAUGCAACAAAGUUUAAAAAUCACAAGAGCAACUCGAAGAAUACAUUAUAAUCCAUUUGAUGACCAAUUUGUUGAGAACAUCUUUUGCCAAAUUGGAGAUGAAAAUUCCAACAAGCCUGAAGUCAGGUUGAAGAAGAAGAGUCUUGCAGAUCUAGGAGCCCUUUACAACUUAAUGAAAACAUAUGGAUGGAUGAGCCAAGUUUUAGUUUCGCCAAAGCGUCCUAUGUCUGCGUCUGGUGAGGUCAAGAAGAUUGUUGAGGCCUUCACCUCCAAGGGUGCUGUUUUCCAUUGUUCUCCUGUAUCUGGAAUGAAUUCUAGCAAUAAAGGAACUGAAAAUCUUGAGAUUUGUGUUGAUAGGCCCAGCCUAAAGGAUUUAGAUUCUCAUGGGAGCGAUGAAGUCAUUAUGUGUAAAAGAAAAUCUGUGUCCUUUUUGUAUACAGAUACUCUCCUCCAUGGGGUUCAGAAAGAACAAUUUGCAGCUAGUAUGCCUACGGAUUUGAGUUUUGGACUUCAUUUGGAUGACCAUGUGAGCACUUCAGCUCCAGAUUGUACUCAAGAGCCAACUGAGCUCAAUGUGGACGGCAAUCACUGGUCGGAAAAUGAAAUGAGUCAAUGUGAGAAUAUCAAUAUUCAAGAGGAACAUCAAAGUGAAAGCUGCCCAGCUGUAACAAACAAGCCUCAUCCAUUACUAGCUAAACAAGAGCAUGCUGUUUCAGGAGCCUUGGCUGGCAUAGCUGUUAGUCUAUGCUUACAUCCAAUAGAUACAGUUAAAACUAUCGUUCAAUCAUGUCAACCCGGACAGAAGUCUAUUUGUCACAUAGGGAGAUCAGUACUUUCUGAGAGAGGAUUACCUGGACUUUAUCGUGGAAUAACUAGCAACAUUACCGCAUCUGCACCUAUUUCUGCCAUCUACACCUUCACAUAUGAAUCAGUGAAGGAAUUCAUGCUUCCGUCUCUUGCAAAGGAAUAUCACUCUGUUGCCCAUUGCACUGCAGGUGCUUGUGCAAGUAUAGCUACAUCAGUUGUGUUUACUCCCAGUGAGCGUAUAAAGCAGCAGAUGCAAGUCAAUUCAAAGUAUCAAAACUGCUGGAAUGCAGUGCAGAGAAUCAUCAACACAGGGGGUCUACGUUCUCUGUAUGCUGGUUGGGGUGCUGUACUCUGCAGGAAUAUACCACACUCAAUCAUCAAAUUCUACACUUAUGAAAGCCUGAAGCAAAUGCUCAUGUCAUCGCACCCACCCACUAAACAGCCUAGCACUUUGCAAACGCUGCUAUGUGGAGGAUUGGCUGGAUCUACUGCUGCUUUGUUUUCUACUCCAUUUGAUGUGGUGAAAACAAGAUUACAAACUCAGAUGCCUGGAUCUACACAGAAAUACCAUAGCAUUUUUAACACCCUUCAAGAUAUUUGUGAGCAUGAAGGUGUUAGAGGUCUUUACAGGGGUUUGAUUCCGAGGCUUGCUAUGUAUAUGUCCCAAGGAGCACUGUUUUUUGCAUCAUAUGAAUUUUUGAAAGGUUUUUUGUCUUUGGAGCUACGCCAACAUAAAUCAGAGAUGUUACAGCAUAAACAGGACAGCAACGACGAUCCACUAUUGUCAUUAUGAGUAUUGCAACUUUAAUAGUCAUUUGCUCGUCUGUUCAGCAGUGGAACGCUCAUUUUUGCUCGAAGAUGUAAAGUAUAUUCACUGCUUCACCCAGAUCAUAUUCAUACUAGAGUGAGCUUAGGAAGUCCCAUUCAGAAUAUAUCUGAGCUAUUCUUUUGUAUAGAUUAUGUGCAGUGUAUAAUUGCCCGAAAUUUUUUGUACACCGGCCUAUAUAUACUUGAGAGAUGAAUCAACAUACAAGUACUAUUUUUGUUCAAGAAAGUGAUUGCAUUUUGCUUCACCUAUAUUUGAAAUUCAAUCAAUAAAAUCAAUAUCGGCUAGUUUUUAAACCAUA